AUGGCCUCCGCCAAGAAAGAAGCCGCAUCGAUGCCGGCAGCGGUACCGGCUACUGCUUUUCCUCCUGCACCUCCUCCACCACCACCACCGUCGUCCGAUGCUCAUCCACCGCAAUCCCAGUCCUCUGCGACCGCCUCGCCGAGAGGGUUAAGUAGGCGCUCCUCUUCCUACGACGGACGCUCGCCAGCGUCCCCGCGCUCGCUCUCCCGGAGGCAGAGCACCAACGAGCGCAUUAACGAGAUAUUAGAGAACGCACGAGGCCGCGCACAAGCCAUGGGCGGCGGACUCUCAACAACCCGCUCCGCUCCCGCCAGCCCCCCGCGGCACUACUCCCGCGCGGACGGCUCUCACAAUGAGAACGUCGGCAUCAUCUCCCGCGGCCCGGACCGCAAUUACCAGAGCAUGAACUCGGCGCCGCACCCGUCCGCCGUAACCACCACAGCGACGACCCCGGAGCUGGCCGGCAUGCGGCCGCGCAAGUCGGUCCAGUCGACGAGGAACUCCCUGCCAGCGCAGGCCGAAGAGGAGGGGGAGGACGAAGACUACGAUGCCGUGGUCGCGCGGGAGGAGCGGGAGAGAGAAGCGCAGAGGAAGGAACCCUGGUACACGAUCCUGCUGUCCAGCUUCCAGAGCAUUGAGCUGGAGAACAAGGGCAGCGUGGCUCGCGAUCACCUGGCGCUCGAACGAACAUUCCUCGCAUGGCUCCGCACAUCUCUCGCCUUCGCCUCCAUAGGCAUCGCCGUAACGCAGCUCUUCCGCCUCAACUCGUCCCUCUCGACGCCGGGGACCGACGACCCGAACAGUCACACCCUCCGCCAGCUGGGCAAGCCGCUCGGCGCGACGUUCCUGGGCAUCAGCAUCCUCAUUUUGUUUUUGGGCUACCAGCGUUACUUCCGCGCGCAGCAGUGGGUGAUGAAGGGCAAGUUCCCCGCGAGCCGCGGGACCAUUAUCAUCGUGUCCAUGGUGGCGUUUGCGCUGAUGGCUGUGAGCUUGGUUGUGGUUGUGGUUGUGAGUCCUACGAGCAGGGAGCGGUGA